AUGAUACAGUUAAAUGAAGAAUCAAAACAAGGAAUGCCAAAUAUUUAUGGGAAGAGACAGGUUCAUGAAUUUUUUGAUUUUAACGUUACUGAAUUAACAGCAGAGGAAGUUAAAGCAAUGGAAUUCAAUAGCUUAGAUGAUGCUCAAUCGUUUUAUCUAAGCUAUGCUCAUAUCAUUGGUUUUUGUGUUAGUCUUGGAGGAACAAAGACAAAUCCCAAAACUUGGGAUGUUAUUGCUAAGUAUUUAUACCGUAAUAAAGAAGGGGAGUGGUCGGAUAAUCACAACAACAAUAAUAAAAGGAUUCGAGAACCAAAAAAUAUAACUCGAACUGGAUGUGAAGCGAAGAUGCGAGUGGUGUUUAAGAAGUUUAAAAGCAAAUGGGUUGUUACGAGCUCUGUGAAAAAGCAUAAUCAUGAAUUUCGUGAAGUUCCCCUUGGUGCAAAGGUUGAAGCUUUGGCGAUGAGACGAGCCACAAUCCAACCUUCCUAG